AUGGGCAGACGGUCUGGGGUCCCUGAGAGGAGCCUCCCCCACCCUUCCUCCUGGAGGGCGCAGCUUUUGCCCCCGCUCCAGCGGCUGAGGUCCCCUGCGGCUCCUGCGACCCAAGAAAGCCUCCCUCUCACCGAGCGCCAGGAGGCCUCUGGGAGCCUGCCUGCCUCCGGAGGUCCUAGGGCUUCCUCCUCCAGCCAGGGCUUCCAAGGGGCGCGGUCUGCCUCAAUGUCCGCAAUCCCCGAUGCCCAGCUUCUGGCGGAUGAGCCCGAACCCCUGCGCUGCUUCUCCAGAGAGUUCGAGGACCUCACGUGCUUCUGGGAUGAGGAUGAGGAGGAGAUCCAGGCUGAGGACGAAGAGCAGGGAGGCGGGCAAGAUGGAGAGCCCUACCAGCUCCUCUUUGCCUACCCCGGGGAGGAGCCCCAGGUGUGCCCACUGAGCAUCCAGAGACUGCCCAGUGGAGGGAUCCGGCACGUCUGCCAAGUCCAGCCUGCUGAUGGCCUGCGUCUCUUUGCCAAGUUGGCCCUGUGGCUGUGGGACCCUGCCAGAGCCCAAAACCGGACCCAGCGAGUGCUCAGCGUGGAAAACGUGGGCCUGCCUGCCCCACCUAAGAGCAUCACUGCAAUGACUUCUGGUCAGACUGGGGAGCUGCAAGUCACCUGGGAGGUGCAGCCCCCUGAAAUUAGUGACUUCAUGCAGCACGAACUCCAGUAUGGCCCUUUGGAUCCCAGCAACUCUGCUCAGCCCACAGUCACAGCUCUGCUUCAAGCACCCAUGUGCUGCCCAUUCAUGAGGUGGCCCCAGCAGGCCACUGAAACCACUAGGCCUGACCUGACUCCAGCUCAGUCUCUACAGCAGCACUCCACCAUGGAGGGAUCCUCCAAAAAAGGAUACAUGAGCCAGGGACCUGCCAUCAGGGGACACACAGUGCCACAGCGGGAUGGUCUACCACAGCUUCAAGCCACCAGAGAAUCCCUAGAUCUAAUUGGUGGAAGCUGUAUCAUCUCAGGGUUUCAACCUGGGACCUCCUAUUGGCUCCAGCUCCGGAGGAAGCCUGAUGGGAUCUCCCUCAAGGGUUUCUGGGGACCUUGGUCAUCUCCUGUGACUGUGACCCUGCCACAGGAUGCAAGGGAGAUUGGGCUGCACUGCUUCACUCAGGACCUGGAACGUGUCACAUGCCAGUGGCAAGGACCAGCCCAUUCCACCACCUCCCAUGGCUACUUCUACCACUGGAGGACUGCUGGCAGCUGCCCUGGAGACAGGGGUCCAGCAUGGAAGAAAUGUAAGAAAAUGGACUCCAGGGAAGAGGAAACCUCAGUCUCCCAAUGUCACUUCGAGUCCCAAAAUGACAGCACCAUUCACAUCCUGGUGGAAAUAACCAAUGAGCAGGGGACCAUCCAUCAGUUCCUUGGCACUCCCUUCUGGAUGCAUCAAAUUGUUCUCACUGAAGCCCCACAGCUGCAGUGGACAGCUGGACAGGGUGGACAGCUCAAGCUGAGCUGGAGGCCACCUUUGCCCUGGCUUCCUGGGAAGACCCACUAUCAGCUCCGUUACUCCGGGCAGAAGCACAGACACUGGAAGGUGCUGGAGCCGCCUCCGGAUGCGCUGGGAGAGAUGCUGGAGCUCCGCCCAGGAGCCCAGUACAGGCUGCAGCUGCGUGCACGGCCAGACGGCCCCACCUAUUACGGACCUUGGAGCGCCUGGUCUGCGCCUGCGCUCGUGGAGAUGAGGGCCGCGGCUGCGCAAUGCGCUCCAGAGGGCGAGGUAGGGCGGGUAUGGCAGCGUUGGGUGAGAAAGGGGGCGGGGCCAGGGCGAGGCGGUCGGUCGGUCGGAGAAAGGAGGCGCUCUGGCCCAGCCAUUCUGACCUUCGCGACCCGGACCCCCCUGCUAGGUUGGAUCUCCGUGGUGACGAGCACUGUGCUGACGCUGAGCUUCGGUGGCCUCCUGGGUCUCGGUCUCGUGUUGCGGCGCCUUUUCCCGGCGCGAUUCAGGGCCCUGUGGCAGACCCUAUGGCCUCCACUUCCUGACCUUCAUCGGGUUCUUGGAGGUUUCCUCACUGAGCCCCCAGCCUCCUUGAGCCAGCCCAAGGCCUCAGCCUCAGGUGUAGAUGAAGAAGAGGAACCCAGCCUCUUGGAGGUCCUUUCUGAGUCUGUGGAUGGCCAAUCCCAGCCGGAUUACCCUGUGUUGCUUCAGGCUGGCUGCUUGGGGUCCUGGUCCCCACCCCUGGCCCCAGCCCCUACAGACUCUGAGCUUGGCCCCACCACUCACAUUGACAACUACUCCUACCUGCCUCACUUGUCCCACCCUCCCCCACCUUCAAAUCAUUGCCACCAGCCCUUGGACAAAGGUCCAGCUCUAACACCACCGCCUGAUUAUGGAAGCCUGAGUAAGGCUGGCUACAAGUUCCCUGAGUAG